CGUCAGUAAGUCAAACAUUUUCCAAUAACGGGCUGUAUUAUCUGCUGCUAUUUGCAGUUUGCUGUAGCCAGGCACCAGACUGAGCUGGAAUAAAAAAGCUGCACCAGCUUCCCUUUAUUUCUCCUCUGUGAUGGAAACAAUCUCAACUGGACUCAAAUCUGCAAGGCAAAAGGAGGAGUCAGACUGUUGCCUGUGGCUCUGCUCUCUCCAUGCAAAACACAGGAGAUUCAUCUGAACCUCCAAUCUAAAAGACAGAGGAUGAAGGCAGGUGUAAGGAACAGCACAUGGACAGUAGAAAAGGUAUACCUGAAGUUGUUUGGAGUCAUCCUCUUGCUUGGAUCAGAUGUGAGCUGGCUGAGCUUGAAAGAACAGGCUGUGGUCAGUGCUCAGAAUAAUGAGAGAAGGGUUUUGGCUCACAUCCCAGGUGACAUUAUCAUUGGAGCUCUGUUCUCUGUCCACCACCAACCACCUGCAGACAAGGUGCAUGAGCGAAAGUGCGGUGCUGUACGUGAGCAGUAUGGAAUCCAGAGAGUGGAGGCCAUGAUGCACACUCUGGACAGGAUUAAUGCAGAUCCCAAUAUCCUCCCCAAUAUAUCCUUGGGCUGCGAAAUAAGGGACUCCUGCUGGCACUCAGCGGUGGCACUGGAGCAGAGCAUCGAGUUUAUCCGGGACACACUAGUGUCCAGUGAUGAGGAGGAGAGCCAGGCCAGAUGCACAGCAGAGGCUGGGAACCUAAUCUUGCAGGGAAAGAAGCCCAUCGUUGGACUUAUUGGACCGGGGUCCAGCUCUGUGGCUAUCCAGGUGCAAAAUCUCCUACAGCUCUUCAACAUCCCGCAGAUUGCAUACUCAGCCACUAGCAUGGAUCUCAGUGACAAGAGCCUUUAUAAAUACUUCAUGAGAGUGGUACCAUCAGAUAAGCAACAGGCCAGAGCCAUGGUGGACAUUGUCAAAAGGUACAACUGGAGUUAUGUGUCUGCAAUACACACAGAAGGCAACUAUGGUGAGAGUGGCAUGGAGGCAUUCAAAGAAAUGGCAGCAAAAGAGGGGAUCUGCAUUGCCCAUUCUGAUAAAAUAUACAGUAAUGCAGGGGAACAAAACUUUGACAAACUGCUGCAGAAACUCAGGGGCCAUCUACCCAAAGCAAGAGUGGUGGCCUGCUUUUGCGAGGGUAUGACAGUCCGAGGAAUUCUGAUGGCCAUGAGACGACAGCGUCUGGUGGGCGAGUUCCUGCUGGUGGGAAGUGAUGGCUGGGCGGACAGGUAUGAUGUUACUGAUGGCUAUCAAAAGGAGGCUGCUGGUGGAAUCACCAUAAAGCUAAAGUCAGCACAUGUCAACUGGUUCGAUGAUUAUUACCUGAAUCUGAAGCCUGAUUCCAACCUGAGAAACCCGUGGUUUCCUGAAUUCUGGCAGCACCGUUUCCAGUGUCGGCUGAGAGGACAUCCACAGGAGAGCACAAAGUACAACCGCACUUGCAGCUGGAGAGAAUCGCUGCGACAUCAGUAUGCCCAAGAUACAAAAAUGGGUUUUGUCAUAAAUGCCAUUUACUCAAUGGCAUAUGGUCUCCAUGCUAUGCAGCAAGCCCUCUGUCCAGGCGUAAAGGGUUUGUGUGAAAACAUGCGGCCCAUUGAUGGUCGCAAGCUGCUAGAUUUCCUAAUGAGAACCAACUUUACUGGUGUAUCGGGAGAAAUAAUCCACUUUGACCAGAAUGGAGAUUCACCUGGCAGGUAUGAAAUCAUGAAUUUCAAGCAGACUGGCAUGGAUCAAUAUGCAUACAUCCAUGUGGGAAGUUGGGAUCAGGGUGGUCUGAGAAUGAACGAUGAGGAGAUAUGGAGCAACAGCAGUGAAAUUAUCCAAUCGGUCUGCUCUGAGCCCUGUCAAAAAGCUCAGAUCAAGGUGAUCCGUAAAGGAGAGGUAAGCUGCUGUUGGACCUGUACUCCCUGCAAGGAGAAUGAAUUUGUCUUUGAUGAGUACACUUGUCGAGCUUGUGUCCUGGGAUCGUGGCCUACAUAUGACCUCACUGGUUGUGCACCAAUUCCAGUCCAAUAUGUGCGUUGGGGGGAUCCAGAGCCAAUAGCUGCUGUAGUUUUUGCCUGUCUGGGCCUCAUGGCGACACUUUUUGUCACUUCUGUCUUCAUCAAGUUUUGGGACACUCCAGUGGUGAAGUCAUCCAGUCGGGAGCUUUGCUACAUUAUUCUUGCCGGAAUAUGCCUGGGGUACUUGUGCACCUUUAGCCUCAUUGCCAAGCCACACAUUGUCUACUGCUACCUGCAGCGGCUGGGGAUCGGUCUGUCUCCUGCCAUGAGCUACUCAGCUUUAGUCACCAAGACCAACCGUAUAGCACGUAUCCUGGCAGGCAGCAAGAAGAAGAUCUGUACCAAGAAACCACGCUUUAUGUCCGCCUGCGCACAAUUGGUCAUCGCCUUCCUACUCAUACUGCUGCAGCUGGGGAUUAUUGUGGCACUUCUUAUCAUAGAGCCACCAGAGGUGAUCUAUGAUUACCCCAGCAUCCGAGAGGUGCAUUUGAUUUGCAAUCUCACCACUUUAGGAGUGGUGGCGCCACUGGGCUACAACGGCCUUCUUAUACUGAGCUGCACCUUCUAUGCCUUUAAGACUCGAAAUGUGCCAGCUAACUUCAAUGAGGCCAAGUACAUUGCCUUUACCAUGUACACCACUUGUAUCAUCUGGCUGGCCUUUGUACCCAUUUACUUUGGCUCUAAUUAUAAGAUCAUCACUAUGUGCUUUAGUGUAAGUCUCAGUGCAACGGUGGCUCUCUGCUGCAUGUUUGUCCCUAAGGUGUACAUUAUGCUUGCCAAGCCUGAAAAGAAUGUGCGCAGUGCUUUCACAACUUCCACCGUUGUCCGCAUGCAUGUGGGAAACGCCAAGAAAGCUGCCAAAGCUGGCAAGUCAUCGAGCAGCAUGGCCAACCUGUUUCGACGUGGUGGAUCCACACAGGAAAACGUAAGUACCAAUGGAAAAUCUUGGGGACAGAAUGAGCGGAGCUGCAGACCAAACUUGUGGAAGAGGAUGUCAUUCCAUGUUAAGAAAAAAGCCCCUGUUGAAGUGAACCAGACUGCCAUUAUCAAGCCGUUUUCUAAUGAGGGAGAAGCAACUGGAGACAGCUGUGUGACAGAGCAGUACGAAGGGGCCCAGCUUUCUCAGUCUUUUACCUGCUCACCCUCUCAUUCACCUGCACCGCCCUUAAGUCAACAUGCAGCAAAGGAAAGGAGUCCCCAUUCAGAAGAGAAAGGUGAGGAUGUGCAAGUCCUACCAACCUUUGCACCCGAGCUCUUUUCUGGGGUCAGGCGGAGAGGGGGAGACAAUGGCCAGAUGGCUGCGAUUCUAGACGGCGGGGACAUUAGCAUCAUUAGUGUGGGUGAAAUUGGCCAAACCCAGGGCACCACCAUCAUGGACCAGAUCAGCUGCGUUGUUAACCGUUUCACAGCCAACAUCAGUGAACUGAACACCAUGAUGCUGCCAGGAGCUUCCAUCGUUAGCUCCCCCUCCACCACACCUCUACACGUUGCCUCAGAUAACUCCCCGUGUCCUUCCCAGUACUUUGAUAGACAGACGUCCUCCACUGUCACCACAUAUGCUGAAGUAACUGCUGUGUCAAACUGCUGCGAUAAUCGACCUAAGAUUUACGAGCAACUGGCUGGGACUUGUACCGGUGGGAGGCGGGCAAAGAAUGCUGAGGAGCUGAUGGCUCUGACCCCUCCCUCCCCGUUUAGGGAUUUCUCCCUGAGCUCCAACGAGAGCUCCCCUACCUCCCUCUCCCUGGCUUCUGAGGCUGAAUGCGACCAGCUGCUGCUGCGACACUACCAGAGCUCCUCGUCCCUUUAAAUCUGCCACCCUCUUCGUAUUUAUCUUGUAUCUGGAGUAUUUGUUAACUCCUGAGACGCAGCAAUCUAUCCAGGUCCAAAUUUUUUCAUGCCUUUCUACAUGUGAAUAGUGAGUGGGAUUUUUGUAAUAUUUUUCAGUCUGGAUGGACUUAAUGUGCUUCAGAUGUCAGUUGGGCAUUAGAUUGAGAGAAGAAUAUGACCAAGGGAUUUUUUUUUUGAGGGGAAGGGAUUUUUUUAUGCAGUUACGAUCAGAUGUUUAGGGUCACUUAUAAUCAACAUGGACAUCACAUGUGAGGGGCUCUUAAUUAUUUAUUCAAACAAGUCCUUUUUCAGUGAUUUCCAUGUGUAUUAUUAACACUUGUCACCUUCAGCAUUUUAAACUAGAAUUUUUUUAAAUGCUUUUCAUUUAUUUUUAUUUUUGUUAUCUACACAGGUUUAAAAUUACACACUUAUAUAUGUAUACAUAUGUACACAUCAUAUUCCUAUUGAUAUUUGGAAAAAUGCUCUUCACAGGGUAACAUUCUUCUGAAUGAUUCAUUUUAAAAUUAUUUCGAUUGGCUUUUGGAAUCAUUUUCCUCUGUAAACAUAAGCUGUGCCCAUUCUACCCAUAAAAUAACUUGAAUUGCGCUUCAGGUAAUAAACAUUCUUGGUCCUUUUCACUCACUUUGUGCAAUGCUUUAAUACAACAUUGAAAUAGACCAUCAGCAUAAUUCAACUAACACAAUGCUAUACAGUUGUUCCAGUAUUCUUUGGUCAUUAAGAUCGAAACUUUUAUCCUGUGUGACAAAACAGCUUGAUCUUUGUCUCAUCACACUAAAAAAUAUGUGUUAGUUUCGUACUAAAUGGCCCCUACCCGCUCAAUCGAUAAUUAAUUUUUACUGUCACCAUUAUCAACAAUGACACUGAUGUUCCUGCUAGUUUGUUGGUUUUCCAAGGCCAAUUCUGGUUACCUGAAGGCAUCAUUUUAAGUGAGACGGUUACACUUUGGACACAAGUUUAUGUUCCACUAAAGAAAAUGAUCAGAAAUUAGGGCAUUGGUUAAAGAACAGUGAGAGUACGCUCCUUGACUGGUGCCAGCCACAUAAAUCACUAAAUAAUUAUAAAGAUAGAUUUCCAACUGAAAACCAACCAGUUUAGAUGAUCUAUACAAAUUCUAAAAAAAAUAAGUGGUCAAACUAUUUUUUUAGAUUACUACAAGGAGCUUUUAGUUGCUAAAAUAUAUUUUUCCUUGUCAGUACCGUUUUUUCUUCAUAUAUUACAUGACCAAGCCUGCAUACUGUAUACAUUUGACAGUGUGGACAAUGUUUAGUACAUGUAAUUUUCUGCAAACAAAGGUUGUUUUUAAAUUAUAAUCUGAAUCAUUAUUGCUACAUUGUUGUUGUACCUACUCUAUUCUGGAAAAGAAGGUUUUAAAAAUAAAUAAUUAAAGAUGAAAAUUUAUUUGAAAAUUUAAAAAGACACGUAUGUAACUAAAUACCUGACCAGAAACGUGCAGUCACACAACUUUAAAUAUAAAGACAAAAAGGAAUUUAUUUAAAAAUAAAGCUAAGUUCUGCUUUAUUCAUCAAAUUAGUGUGGACGUUG